GAGACAACUGACAACUUCAGUUUGUAUUGUGAUGCCAGCGCAAGCAAUCGUGCGCAUGCAAUUAUGUUGAAGUUGCUUGUUUAUCUGUGUUUAUUUGGAUUGAGUUUAAACGCCGUGUCUGUUCUCAGUGCGGUGGACUACGAUUACGGCGAUUAUUAUGGUGAUGAAAGCAAACAGAUUCCUUUUAGUGACAAAGAACCAGAAAAACCUACCAUACAUAAAAUCAAACCCUUAGAUGAGAAUGAAGAUAUUUUUAAUGACGUAGAACUUUUUAAAAAUAACAAUGAAUUUGAUAAUGAGGCACAAUAUGAUAGUAUUGGAGAUUAUCAAAUUGAAGAUAAUAGAUCAGAAGAAGAUAUGAAAGAUAUAGCCGAACCACUAAAUAAAGACCAAAUUAAAUCAACAAAAGAAAAAGAUCAAUUGUAUAACGAUGGAUUUGAAGAAGAUAUAAAAAAUUACCUGCAUAAUACUAAACAAGAAACAUCAAAUAAAGAUAUUUUAGAUGAAACUAAAGCUAUUUUAAAGGAAGAUAGUGAUAAUAAUUUUGCAGAUGUUCCAGUAAAGAAUCCAAAAGAUAAUAUAGAAAACAUAGUUGCGGAAACAACCAAGUUGUUAGAAGAAACUGAUAAUAAUUUUGAUGAAAAUACAAAGCUAACCAAAGAAACAAUAACAAAAGUACCAAAUACAACAAACAAUACUUUUAAUGAUAUAAAAAAAUAUUUAUCUGAGUUGGAUUACGUUCGGAGUAAUCUAAAAGAAGAUUUUGAUACAGAGUUGAAUGCAGACACUAACCUGGGAUAUGAUUUAAGUGAAGAAAAAGCCGAUGACCAGGAUUAUCAGGAAAUAGGUGAUGACGAUUUAGACAGAAUAUUUUCUGAAGAAACAGAGGAAAAGGUGUAUGACGAUGAACGAUCAAGACAUGAUUAUCCCGAAGGUCAUCAAGAUGAACAAAUUUAUUACUCAAAUGAUGCUUUAUCUGCCCUUGAUUCUACACCAUCUGAAACUACAGUCUCCGAAGUUACUGAGAGAGAAAUAAUUGACUCGAGCAAUGUAGGUUCUUCUCUAUCCACGCAGCUUAAUGCGGCAACAAUUCCAUAUGCUGAAACGGAACUAAUAACUACUCAGUCAGUUGACCAUACUAAAGUCCUCAAUUUUAAAGAAAAUAAAUCUGAAUUACCAGAAUUUAAUGAACUGGAUUCCGAUGACCAAAGUAAAUUUAAUGAAAAAUAUCAAGCUGAACGCGCAGCUCAUUCAGAAGCCACAAACACUGUUCAAAUACAUUUAACUGUCAAUGAUAAUACUAUAGUGUCUUCUCCGAAUUACCCAAACUUCUACCCAGCAAACCAAAUCACUGAUUACGUGAUCACCGGAGUAGGACAAGGGAUAGAAAUGAACAUAACUGAUUUUGCUGUUAACAGCUUUAUAGGAGACUAUGUGCUUAUUAUACCAGGUGAAACUGAAGAAAAAGGUUCCGACGGCAUCCUGAUUAGUUACUCGUUACGAAAGGAACGUCGUUUCCAGUUCACUGACGUAGACCGGAUGUUUAUACGUUUCGAAGCAAAAGACGGCAUGCAGUUUCAACGGGGUUUCAAUAUAAGUCUCCGGAAUAUUAUGUCUCGACCAGACAUGGUAAGCCUCCCGGACCCUGAAGAAGAUAAAAUCUACUUUACAUCUAACGCGACUAUCACUGUGAAUCUUGGAGGAGUGAGCAUGAACGGUUUUAUUUCAAAAGAAGAGGACUUUAGAAGAAUUGUUGCCGAUAUGGCUACACUAUACAUCAACACUAAAGGAAUCGACUCAGGACUUAAUACGACAUUGGAAGUAACACGGAUCCUCAGCCGACGUCUCUGCUUUCACAAUUGGCCAGGCUCCGAUCUCUGUACUGAAAUCGUGUUUUCUGUUCCCUUGGUGUACGACAAUGAAACUCUGGAGACCAGGUUCACUAAGCAGGAUCUUAGAGAUAUGUGGGACAGUUAUUCGGGAAUAGAUCCCUUCGCUGUGCGCUUAGAGAGGAUGGGUAUUCGGGAGUUUUCAUAUCCAGAUAACGAAACCACACUUACUGUAUGGCUGGUGAUCGCCGCUGGAGUCAUCAUUUCGAUGGCCAUGCUUGCCUUUGCACUGUGGAGGUUUAGCUGCUUUGAAGAGUACACCAAGAUGCCUGCCUUCAGUGACACGGACAGCCUGCGAGACGAGAAACGAGUGUUGGACCUCUACCCAACUCCUCAUCAGACGCUGCCCCCUCUCUACUCGGACGACAAUAUCAAGUGGGCCGAUGACGUGUACAGUAAUAAAGACGUCGGCUUCUCCAACAAAAGCUACAUGCAGGAUAUCUAUGACAUGGACUCUGAUGACGAGGCACUCCGCGCACCCGAUAGGAGGUACACAACAGACGUGUAGCCGAGAUGUUACGAAAUCACUCUGGUGCCAUCAGUCCCCGUGAUAUUUACAAUGUGUGAAAUUUUUACCAAAUUAUUAUAGUUACUAUUUAAAUAAAAUCUAAGUGUCAGUUUAGACCCAUUAUUUUUAAAAUUUGUUUUAGCUCAUUGUGUACUUAUUGUACCUGAGUGCCAACGUAAUAUAUUAUAAAUAUAAAUAAAAGUACAAUUUUAAUUACAUUUCACUAUAACUAUAAUAUAAGAAAUAAUAGGUCUAAAAUACAUAUACAUAGUAUUUAUAAUAUCGAUUCCGUUACAUGCCUAAUGCAUUUUUGAAUCGUAAAAAAGUUGAAAAGUUUUAACUACGAUCAGUGAGAUAAAUUUUAUAAAAUCUAAAGCAAUAUUGUAUUGAAGUAUAAAGUUUAAAUAUAGAUAAUAUAACUAUUAAAUGUAAGCACAAUAGAUCAUGAGGGGAAGGGGAAAUAGGUUUCAAUAAAUGAAUCAUUAUAAAUGCUUGUAGUAUGGUAACACAACUCAUCCUUUAUAUUUUCAAGCUUAGACAAAAUUCUAGAUGGAUUUGACGAGACUAAACAGUGCCGAGUAACGCGUCAAUUUGACUAAGCUUCGCGUCGUUUACUAAGUUGGGGCAGAUGUCUGACAUUAUUCUCAACUUACGAAAUUUUAUAUAACACAAAAUCACAGAAUAAAAUGAUUUUAGUCCCCUCGAUUUAGGUGCUCAAAACAUAUUCCUAGAAUUAAGUUUUAUGUUUGAAACAAAAUCAAAAUAUGAAACUCAGCUGUUGUAAUUUAAAACAAAUUUUAC